CGCAAUUAAAUCAAGAACAAUAUCAUCAGCUACUGCAAGUUAUGAAUACAGGUGUGCACUUUUCGAAAGGUUCAGUCAUUGCUCAGCAAGGAACUUAUGGCGACAAGUAAGUGCUUUCCAUGAGGACGUGAUGGGUAGAGGCUAAAAACUACUGGUAGACCAACUGUAUAUACGUACUCGUUAACACAACCUUUCGUUUUAUUUUUUGAUCAUUUCCAGAUUUUACAUUGUGGAGUCUGGGAUGGUUGAGGAACGAAUGGGCAAUGUUGUCAAGUGUCGCUAUCUGAUGGGCGGCAGUUUUGGAACGCUAUCGCUUUUACAUUUCCAUCGAUGGCCGGCGUCGUAUGUCGCUGCAACGGACGACGUGGUCCUUUCAGAGCUGAGCCGGGAGGAUUAUCAAUCCGUGUUGAUCAACGACGCCGAAUCCAAGCGGCUGAACAGAAGACGGCUCGUCGACAAGGUUCCUACAUUCAAUAAGCUAGAUCCCAUUGAUCAGAACCUGGUUGUGGAUGCAUUGACGCCGGUUGAAUAUCACGAUGGCCAAAUUGUGUAUAAUCAAGGCGAUCAAAUUGCCGACAACAGAAUCUUCAUCAUUGAAUAUGGCACUGCACUUGGCAUAACAGAAACCGAAGGUUACUCGCGAACUAUUGAAAUGUUUUUGAAGGAAGGUACAUGCCAAAACAUCUCAUUUACUCAUUCUAGAUAUUGUUAUUACUUGGUUUUUGUUUUGCUCGUUGUGCUAACUUUACAAAGGUGAUUAUUUUAAUGACGGUGAUAUUCCAAACAAAGGUCAUAUCCGGCAAAGAAUGACUAUCAUUGCGCAAGGCCCGUUGACAUGCUUGACUAUAGAUAGAACGGCCCUUUCUCAUCUACUUGGCGACUCAUUGUAUGUACAAGAAGAUAUACUCAAUAAAUAA